AUGGUCGAAGCAUCAUUCGACCUUGAAAAAAAUUAUACUCUUAAACCGCUCGAACAAUCGAAUAUGUCGAUGGUUGUCUUUUUAUCAUGGGCAGCAACUAUAGCCACUGUUGGAUUUUUUUUCUCUGGAAUGUAAGUACAUGAAGAUUACGAUGUAAGGUUAUUCUAUUAAAUUUGUAUAAGCUUUAGCUUACCCCAGUCAGUGUACCAUAAUAUCUCGUCAAAUUUGGUUUUAAAAACUUUUGACGAAAGCUUAGAGUUUUCCAUGUCACUCCCCUAUAGGUGUUCUCUCCUUCCCGUAUGUCGAGUCCAUGUUUGAAAAUUAGUAAUACGUAAUAGGCGUAACUUUGAAAGUGUUUGUUAGGUCACAAAUAUUUGACGAGGAUCGAUCUUGGCUUGAGGUAUAGGUUGUAUAAAGCUUCAAAAGUUACAAGCUUGGUUUUUUAGUGUUGAUACCAUGGAACAGUUCGAAAAAGACUUUAGAGAGUUUUUGGGAAAUUUAACUUGUAAAAAGAAAACUCUCUCAUACUGUUAGAACUUCUAGCAUGAAAACAGACUGAGUAAUAUCUGUAAUGUACACGUGUAUUACUAUAAUUAUGCAUGCGACAGCGUUGGGAGUGAGGAUGUAAUUUAUUCUGAACUUGUUCGGUGCAUCAACUAAACGCUUUUAUGAUGAAAUAGUUUUGUUGUUGAUGAAAGACGUGUAAGGAAGGCACAGAAGCAGUACUCUAAUCACUAUCAUUUUUUGAUUUUGAGGAAAAUGGGCUAUUUUUUAUUUACUUAUACACUGAAAAGUUUAAAAGUUGAUUCUGUCUUGGAGAUUUGCACCCUGCUAGCAGAGCAUUUGUUUGACUUGCUCUAAUUUGGCAUACUUGAGAAAGACUCUGCGUGAAUCAAGUAAGAUCCAGUUGUUUAAAUAAAUAAUUGUGAUAAUCACCACAUCACAAGUGUUGGGCGAAGAAAAAUCUUGGUUCCCCAACAGGACUUCCCAAUUGACUUCAAAAUGACACAAAUGACUUCCCAACCACUAGGCAGGUGCUGUACUGAGCUAUGGGGAGAAUCAUGGAGAGCAAGGCCAUAUACUGGGUUCAUAUUUGUGACACAUGUCAUGCACUACUUUCAUUUUGAUGGCCUGAAGAGAUUUUUCUGAAGAAGAAUGACCUUGCUUUGCAUGAUUGCUUCCAUAUUUAACUGUAAACAGUAAUAUAGGUUAACUGGUUGAUACAGGUUUGACAAAACUAAGAGUUUUACAAGAAUAUGAAGAUGGUUAAAUUAGAGCUAAAUAUCUAUCAUGAUCUAUCCCAUGAUAAAUUGACCUCAAAGUGUUUUUACCUCUUGUGGUUAAAGAAAGGACAAGACUAGCAAUUGCCAUGUACAGUGUAUCUAUCACACUAGUAUGGACUACAUCUUGUCAAAGUGACUAUUAAGUAAUAGAGAUGAAGGCAGUAAAAAAUAAUUUGUUGGAACCUCAGAAAAGGUACGUGUAACAGUCGACAGCUUAUUAGGGGUGUGUUCCUUUCGGUGAAUCCAAAAAUGGAUUUUAGAUCUAAGAACGGAUUUCGCGUUCCUUUUGGCAAAUCCAAAUCCGGAUUUUUGAUCUGGUGAAUCCUUUUUGAAAAAGGAUUCAUUGGAUUUGAAAUCCGAAGAAUCCAAAUCCAGAUUAACGGAUUAGUGAUCUACACUGUUCCAUUCACAGUGGAUCCGAAAUUAGUCAGAUGAUCCAGUGGUAUUUCCAGUUGAAGUAUUCCCGUUGCUGCCAUUUGCCGCAAAACAUCUGAAAACACUAGAAGAUUGUUCCUGGUACAUUAAAAUAUCCAUAUACUAACCAGUUGUCUCUAAAGAUUGUUUGAAAUCAGAAAUAAGUAAAAGUAACAAAUGAACUGCUAUCUAAAUACAAACUUGCUUGUAGACGCGACAGGCACUCGAUAAAUCCAAGCUAUGGAACUGGAUCAAACUGGCCGACAUUCUUUAGAUAAUUUUCAAUUUUAAUGCGCUUCUUUCUUUGCGUGUUUUAUAUGUUCCAUCGUCGCUAUUCAAACUGCCGACCACUAAAUUCUGCACGGUUUAAUCACAUAAUUUUUCAAACAAUAGAAAACACGUCAUUUCUUGAGAGGCUGUCGUGCAUAUUGCACGCGUUGGUAAAAGGUUACCAGGGUUACAAAUCCAAUUUCGGAUUUCACGUUCCUUUUGACCACGAAAUCUGGCAAAUCUAGGAUAAAAAAUCCGUUUUUGGAUUCGCCGAAAGGAACACACCCUAGAGGUGAAUGCUUAAUACAGGUCAGUUUAACAGUAAUAAGGGCAACUGUUUCUGGAACGUUACAGUGACUGCCUAAUAGAGGGUGGCUGCUUAAGAAGGGUUUGACUGUAAAUAUUUUUUUUUUCUUGUUUUACCUUUCUUGAUUAGAUUAACCUGUAAAAAGAUUGUGGUAAAUGCGAGUACUGAAAAUGUUCCCCUCCUGCCAUUUGUUACAACUUUUUUCAAGUAAGUGAACUCAACAAUGUAUUUAAUCAAGACAUAUAGAUUAUAGGUGCCUUAGAAAACAAAAUAUAAAUAGUUCCACCCUGUAAACAGUGUUUUGAAAACAGCUUCAAACGUCAUUUGUUUCCAUUUGCUGCAUUGACUUUGCGUGAUGUUUCCAUAGAAAAAUAAUUGAUUAAACAAAAGGCAAAUUUGAGACCAAUAAUAAUUUAUAUUGUUGAGAAAAUCACACUCGUAAUACAGGGUUGGGAGGAGGGUAGUGGUGGGAUCCUGCAAGUUUUUAUUGGAGAGGUCCAAACUUGAGCAGACCCUUAACAUUUCCACCUAUUUCAAUCUUAUUCUAGCUUGUAAACAUUCCUCAGUCCUCAACAAAUGAUCAUGGGGCAGGAACAUGUGAUGAACCCCUAAGAACAUCGUCGUGGGAGGCUAGAAUAGUUACAGUUACCUCUUGUUUCACUUUGUACAUCUAUGUCAUUUGACUUUCAGUUGCUUGAUGUGGACAAGUUAUGGCAUUCUUAAAGACCCUGCUUUAAUCCUUGUUAAUGUAAUUGGAAUGCUUACACAAGUUGCUUACAUGGUCUGCUUUUUUCUUUACUGUAAAAACAAGGUAUUUAUUUAUACGUAGGAAUAAAUAAGAUACUAUGCACCCUCUGAUCAGCAUGGAGGUGUGUUUCAUGAACAGAGUUGUGAUGUUCAAUCUUUUGUGUUUCAAAUACUGGUACAGGUUCGUGAUUGGUGGAAUAUUUUGGGCAGUGAUCAAAAAGAGUUUGUGCGUAGACUAUCUGAAUUUUAAAAUUUCAUUUAAUGUGUGGUAGAGAGUGUACAGUGUAUUGAAACGUUAAUUUUGGCAAACAAGACAAAAAUGUACUUAGCCUGCGUUACAGCCAGCCCAUGCAUUGUCUAGACCAUAAGUAAGUUGCGACAAUUGCUUUAUUGAAAAGUAGAAUCUAUUUACUUAACAAAACUGCCCUUACACCCCGUAAAGUGAAUUUGUCAGGUCAGCAAACAGCCAAGAUUUAUCAGCAAUUGCUUUUGUACGCAUUUGCCAGGUUAAAUUUGACGCCUGACUAGCCACAGGUUAAAAAAUGGUCAGGGAAAAAAAUUCUACAAGAUCAGUGAACAUUCAGGGAAUUUUUUCUCUAAGUCUGAGGGAAAAUUUAAGUCUUUAAAAGAAGUCAGGGGGAAAAGUGUAAUACAUACAUGCAUCUAUCCUUUUCCCUCCACUUUUAUUGUUGUCUAACAUUUAAAAUUCUUUUUAUACAUUUUACAGACAUGAAUCAUAUAUAUUGGUAGAAUAUUGUUCAUAAAAAUUGAGCGAUAAGCUUAUGUUGGGUUUUCAAGAAAAUCAAUCCUUUUUGCCACGUUAUGCCAAGGAACUAUCAAUUUACGCACACUGCAUUUGAAUUACUGAAACCAUAAAUAAAUGGAUGGAGAGGAUGGCUGUGAGAGAAGUGUUCAGCCCAUUAUCAGGAAUAAUUUGUGAAAAUGUUAAUUGAUAUUCAGCUUUUGAGGGAAAUUUAGAUUGUUUAGGAAAAUGUCAGGGAAUUUUAGAAACCUCUGGCUGUGGCAACCAUGUCUUACAUGUACAUGUAGUCAUGCCUCAACACGUACACCACUAUAGUGAGUGCAGUGUCCCUGUUGAAUAUGAUCACUGUAAGCUAUCUGGACUGUCGCCAAGAUUUUUCAUGAAGUUGUAUUUAGACGAAGCUUCAAGCAAUCGUGGUCAAACAGGUGCAAAAUUUGUUUCUGUCAUCUCUACCCUUUUCCAGUGUACGAAAGUAAAUGCCCACGAAAAUAAGUUUAGCAAUGGUUCCUUUCCCCGGAAUGAUGGCCAGGCCUAAUUAACUGUUUGUAACAGAAAGUUUAUGACGCUGAACUCAGUGAAACGUUUCGUGUACAGAUAACGUUUUCUAAGGUUAACUUCUUUUUUAUAUUUUCUUCUCUCUUUUUAAGGGUAAGGAAUUGGGCAGUAUUAUAUAUGCAGCAAUUGCUGCGGCUUGUUUGUACAUAUACCUGAUGCAUCUAGUCACGGAAGAGGCAACAAGGGUCUCGCAUCUCGGACUUCUCUGUGCAAUUGUUACGAUUAUAAUGCAAGCUUCACCCCUUGCAGAUGUGGUAUGUGUAUAUUAAUGGUGUUAUAUUUGUGCAUGAGUGCACAAAAAGAAAAAAAAGAAAAAAAUUGAACUAACGGUAAACUAAACCACAACGUAUUAUUAAGAGAAAGUUCUGUGGAGCCCUGUUGGCGUGAACCUUUCAACCAAAAUUUGGGCAAUUUCGCUCAAAGCUGAUAGAACCGUUGUUGUCCCCCUGAAAGUGUAUUUGGUCCGUUUUCUAAGUCUAGCCGCCCUGGUCUUAUCCAAUCUAAUCUUUCCAUUCCCGUUUUCUGUGCCACCAAGAAAGAGUAAUGGGACAGAGGGGAUAUGAGGGUGUUGGCCAGGAUAUGUGAAUUUCACUUCAGAUAUUUUUAGAGGAUGUAAGUAAACGGAAGUACAUGUAUUAUUCCUGGGACUUCCUCACAUUUUAAUCGAUUGUUUGAAACGUCAUCAAGUCCACUCGCGACCCGGCGUUUCUCUCCCUGUCACACCAUUUUCUCACAUCAUAUUCUUGGAAAGUUUCACCCUCCCCCCACCACCCCCCAAAAAAGUGAGUAUAUAGCGCAAGGAAGCGCGCAAGUAUAAAUAUUUACUCGUGUCAUGUACACGGUCGUUAAAAGCAGUUGGGACAAAACAAGCGGGAGUCGAGGCGUACAUCCUUGGUUACACCCUACUCUUCCCAGGCAACCGUUCUCUUUUUUCUAAUAAGAAGUGGCAACUAAGCAUGAGCUAUUAAAUUUACGCUAAAUUGAAAAGCAGUGGCCAGUACAGCAGGCUAAAACAUGCUCAAAAAUUCACAAGAUGUUGUCCACAAUUCUUUACAUAACAGUGACCAGCCGCAGAAAGGGGUUUGUGUACCCAUACUAACAGUUAUUACCAAAUGCAAAUUAUCUGAAAAGGGAUAAGGUUUCUUUUUAUUAAAUAUCCAAUAACCUGGAAGUCUGUUCAUGUUCAUACGAUCAGAUAAAAGCAAUAACGAUCAGUGGACUUGAUUCAUAUACAUAUAUCUGAUAUAUCUGUACGUCGUAACUAACCAGAGGGAUAUUUGCCGUUGAAACUUUGCCAGUGAUUGGCUUAUUAAAUAACAAAAGCAUCGUUUGUAAACACAUGUCUUCCAUUUUCUUGCAGGCCAAGGUUAUAAGGACGAGGAGCACAGAAUCGAUGCCUUUUCCUUUCUCAUUUAUGAUGGUUGUCGUGUCUUUUCUUUGGCUCUGUUAUGGAACCGUCGUCAAUGACAGAAAUAUUCAGGUAACAAGACACUCGUUAACCCCGCACACCCAGGGCAGCCAAUUGGGACGGAAUAUUUAUGGGUGAAAUACACAAAUGUACGUCGUUACAAGUUUACAAGGAGAGCGGAAAAUACAUCUGGUACCCGAUAUUGUGUUAUGUUGGCCUUCGCUCCAUUUCGCGUUGUCAGACGCCAUUUUGAAUUUUGAGCGUAGCAGGAAAUUAUCUGUAUGUCAGCCUGCGAGGAUGAGCGCCGCCAAACGUUUCCCCAAACUUACAUAAAUGAGCCUGCUCGCAAGCUGUCUGUUUGCUAACAAUAAUGGAAAAUGGGUGCGCACAGGGAACCGGUCUCCAUUUUAGUACUUGACGGUGACACACCCACCAGGGUAAGGUCUCGACUUUACCUGUGCCCAAAUUGUACCUUGACUGAAAAUAUGGGAAAAGGGUCCAUUUACAUCGAUACUCAGGGGCAAUAACAGUCGGGCACUCUUCACGGGAUACCAGAAGAGCACAUGCCCAGGGGCUCUUCAAGUCUUAGCGAUUUCACCCGGGAAUGUGCCAUCCCACGCUUCCCCUGGUUCGUCAAAUGCAAAUGAAGAAGCACAUUGUAAGCUGACUGAAUGCGACGUGUAUUAAGUAACUUAUUAAUCUCAAAAAGAAUCACUAGAGCGACUGGAUUGUGAUGUAUAAAAAUAAUUUAUUCAGCGUAGAACAAUAAAAUAAUAAUAAUAAUAAUAAUAAAUGUCUUUAUUGAAUAGACAAGUAAAAGUACAUACCUAUAUUUGCAUGUUUAAUAUCAGUAGUUAAAAAGUAAAAGUAUAUUUAAAAUACAGUCUAUUAAUAAACUACAGUCUAUUAACAAAACACGCAGAGUUCGGCACAUAAGAGAGGUUAAGCACCGCGUUUGCUGCAUAUCAUUGUUUCCCGUUUCCCGUAAGCCGUGAGUAAUCAUUGCGUAUUUUGCGUAAGCUUCGCCUAUACCCCAGUUGGACUGGAUACUCACCACUCCAUGUCGUUAAACGAAGGGGAACAUUUAUCAUCACAGUGUUCACAGACAGUCCCGCGGCUUUGCGUACACUGAAAAUGCGUUUAACAAAUCUUGCAACACUGAAUUGCUUUCAUUUACAACAUAAAAGAAGACGUAAUUAUAUUGAAGAAUACGAUUACCUAAGUGCAUCCGACAACGAUUAAAAAAGAUGAGUUUUAUUCACAUUUUUCAUGAACGUGAAAACAGUCUUUUAACUUUCAAAAUGGCAACCGUCAAAAGUGGCUGGAAAAAUUAGGUGUUUAUCCCUAACGUUUUUUUUUUUAAUAGUUGAUACCAGUCUCAACAAUGUCAUUGUUUUCCCUUUCAGGUUCCCAAUGCCUCUGGUGUGUUGUUAGGCCUGAUUCAACUGAGCUUGUUCUGUGUGUAUCCGUCCAAACCAAGUACCAUGUCCAAAAUGUAACUAAGUUAAUUAAGACAGUAUCAUAUUUAGCCAAAGGAUGCCAGCCUGUGGAGAAGUGGUUAAAAGCAACAUUUAAUUGCUUGGGACUUGAAAGGGACCCAACAAUUACUGGUGGUAUUCUUUUGGUAGCCUGCAUAGCUGGUAGUUUUGUCUGGCGAGCGCGUAAUUGUGCCUCCUUCUCCUCGCUCCAUUCCCCCCCCCCAAAACCGGCAGCUACGCAGGAAGGAGCCCAGGCCAGGUUUGUUCAAACGACGGAUAGCGCUGUCCAUCGGAUAAUUCUCUAUCCAGCGGAUAAGUAUUAGGGAAAACAAUUGGGAUAACGCCAUCCAUUGGAUAGAUUUUUAUCCAGUGAAUACUGUUAUCCACUUUUCGAAAACUGGGCCCAGAACUAUGGUAUAGGCUAUUAUAUGAGUUGAUUUUAAUGUAGAUAUAUCGAAAAUCUCGCGUGCGUCAUGAUGCUUUCGCGAAGUUCUCACCCUCUACAAAAUUAAUCGGUAGAGGUGGAGGCUGAUAAGGAGCUCAUUUCAUGUUUUCUUUUUAGUUCCGUAUUUAUUUCCGGUAUUCAUACGUAAGUUAUGUGCAAUUUUGAGCACCAAAUAACUCCUGAAUACUGGGUGGGAAAAGCCCAUGUGAAAAUGGUGGGGUGCUAUUUAUACCUUUAAAGGAUGAAAUACUUGUGGAUUGGUACCGCUGUGACCGCUGUUACAAGGUACUUUUCCGUGUAGGAUAUUUUGGUAGGUCAGUCGAUUUGCUGUGUUAUCAUUGUUGCUUCGAAAUUAUUUUUAGCUGUUCACCAAACGAAACAAAAUUCCAGUAUGUUAUAGCAUGUUUUCAAAAUUUCUGACGAGCACCCCAUGAUGUUUGAGAUGUCCAAAUCCUAGCAAUUUCCACGGUUUUUUCUCACUGACGGUAGUUCACCGGUAGACGCGGGCCUUUAGUUUUAGUGAACUCUUUUAAUUUGCAACCCGGAACACCGGGGUUGCGGGUGGAGGUAUCCCUAUUUCUGAUAAGACGGGGAUUCAAGAGAGCUCAGAGGUGUACGCAAACAAGAUAAGAGUGGUUUCGCUACAUUGGUAACAAGAUUACUGAUUGGAGCAUUAAAGUGGACUGUAGUUGUAUCCCCAAGGGAAGCUGACUGGCUCAUUUUACGAAAGGGCUAUCAAAUAAUAAAACUAUCAGGUCCUAUUUUAAUUUUAGGAAUCGGAAUUAUAAUUUAAGAAAUGUUUUAACUUGUCCAGUAAGGAUCCACAAGAAAAAAAUAACUUUUUAAGAUUGUGCGUAUGACUGUAUAAUAAAUAAUACAUGGUAGACAGCGGCUGUCACGGUUUAUUUAUUUAUUUAUUUAUUCAUUAUUUUCUCUGCCAAAUGGCUUCCUUGCAAUGUUUGCGAUCUCUGGAAAAAAUCGGCGAAUUUGAAAAAUAGUUUCUCCUCCGUAGCAGGAGGAUGGAUAGAGAAGCGUGCCCUGCGUUUGUUGCCCCCACAGGGAUUUCGCCCAGAAGGCGAAAUCCCAAGGAGGCACCGUAGUAACUCGCGCGUUUAUUAACGAAAGUACUUACAGUUGAAACAUACAGUCAGCAUGCCACAAAAUGUCUCGAUUUGCUUGAUGAAUCGGUAGGUAAUAAUGACGUUUUUAUUGUUUGCGCCCGCAAGUACGAAAUGGUUAGGAUGACGUAAAGAUAGGAAAUCCCGAAGGGACCCCUCAGGUAGAUUUUGCGACAGUUUAUUAUGCAGUCAUACUUCGAUACUCAGUUGCGUUACGUGUUAUCAGUGACAUUCUGUGGAGCAGUUGUUUUGAAAGUUAUGGACCAAAAGACACUCGUUAAGCGCAGAUGAAGUUAUAAGGUGCGUAUAACUGUGUAUAUGUAUAAACGCUUGGAGAGUUUGCCAGACACGAGUUCACAAAUCUUAGAUAGGAAACCUUGCCAGACACUCUUUCUCUCUCUGACCGAAAUAAGACUCAACCCCAAGCGGAUCAACGGCUAGCUUAUCACUGGCUAGCCUCCCCCACAGGCGUUUUUAGGGGAGAUCGUAUUUCUUCCCUCCCCACAAACGCCUGCUCAACGGAAAACAAAAUUCUUUUCCCGUUGAACUUUCCAAAGUCUGGAAAGUUGACCUUGACGACCUUGACCGCAGAGCAACCCGCAGGGAGCUUUUCGCUCGAACGGCCCUAACAACGCCUGCGGGAGAAGCUAAUCACGAGCAGAACGGUGGACGAUAACAGAAAUUCGCCGACAAUCAAAUUCUGUGCUGACUUACUGUAUUUCCUGUUCACAGAUGUCCUUCCGCUAUAAAGUUUAAAAUAAGACUGGGAUGCGCGAGCGUGAAUUGAUCAAACGUCGUUUUAAUUUCUAAGGCUUGCUUUCUCAGGCUGGCAAAUAAAAUGAUCUGAAUGUAAAAAGUGAAAGAGAA